AUGGUGGAUGAUGAUUUGUUUCACAAUGACACAGCUUUAGAUGAGCAAUUCUUCGCGCACAUUUCGCUAGUGAAUCUGACGCUCCUUAACAUGAUCAACGAAAUUGCCCGCAUCAAAAAAGAAAGAGAAUUCAUGGAACUCAUGACGACCUUCUCUGAGGAGGAAGCGAAUGAGCGGUUUUUUAGAUUCAGGACUUUUGGUUACGAAGCCAACGCUCUCUACGACGUUACACGAAAUAGCAUAAGUAGACUGAUGCUUAAUAGAGACCAUCAGUGA